ACAAAGCCGUUGCUCGCCAAAUUCCCUCGGAGCUGCUAAUCAUGCCGGCGAACGACGGCGAGGCGACCCCCACUGUACCGGAGUGGGUGGCCGCCUUGGCGAGGCGCCAGUUCACCGGCAACGACGACGAAGCCAUUGGCGUGCGGUUCAUAGGCUCUAAGAGGGUGGAGAGCUCUGACCUCGUGGUGCAGCAGAACCGCCUCUACCUUCCCACCGACUCCGUCAGGGCCAAUCUCGUCGGGUUCCUCUCCCUGGAAGAGCGCGCCAUGGCCAACCUCGUUGGCAACAUCGUCCACCUUAGGAAGCGGAGCCGCACGGAGGCAGAGGAAGAGAGGAAGAAGCCGAAGAAGGCUGCGGGGCGGGAGCACGGAGGGCUGCCAGUGCGAGUGUACGCACGGUGCGGAUUCGUGUUCUACCUGUUGCUGACUCGAUGGGACGGAAGCGGUGGCACCGUGAUCAAGGGCGACGAGCUCAAGUUAUUCCGCUCAUGGAGUGCGCCGAAGAAGGGUGACAAGAUUGACUUUUGGGCCUUCCGCCGCAGCGGCGAACUUUGCUUCGCCAUCGGGAGGCCGUGAACUGCAUGCUGGGCCACCUCCGCUGCAACAAUACUAUACUAUUCUGUUAUGUUCUGUUCAGUAUUACUAGCGUU